CAGCUCCACACAGACGUGAAACGCUUCCACAGAGAAGACAGCAAUUCAAGCACAAGACUCAGAAAAAGGUGUUCAGAAUAUCACCAUGGCUGCAUUACUUCCUUUCAAUGUAUCAUUUGGAAACACAUCGUUGGAGGAGUCUGUGGUCCGUACCACCUGCCACAACAUCUCUGUGGUUCCUCAUCAGAACAUAUUCAUCCCAACAAUCUACAGCAUCAUCUUCAUCCUGGGCGUCCUUGGCAACGGGCUGGUGCUGGUGGUUCUUUGCCAGGGCUCCUGCCGUAAUACAGUGGCAAACACCUACAUGCUCAACCUGGCUCUCUCCGACCUGCUCUUCCUCCUCAGUUUGCCUUUCUGGGCGGUUUACUACUCUCUGGACUAUCAGUGGCUGUUUGGUGGGCUCAUGUGUAAGCUGUGUGGUGGUCUUCUAACUCUAAAUCUAUACGCCAGCAUCUUCUUCAUCACCUGCAUGAGCAUGGACCGCUACCUGGCCAUCGUGCACCCUCUCACGGCCCAGAGCUGCCGGCGUCCGUGCAGAGCUCGGCUCCUGAGCGGCCUGCUGUGGGUGCUGGCCGGCCUCAUCUCCAUCCCUGCUGUCGUAUUCCGAGACUCCCACUACAUCCAACAGCUGGGUGUCAGUGCCUGUGUUUUACAUUAUCCUGGCCAGAACUGGUUUGUUGCACUGGCUUUAAUGAAGAAUGUCCUGGGUUUCCUCUUACCGUUUGGGGUCAUCAGCAGCUGCUACUGCAGCAUUGCCCGCCAUCUGCUUGGAGCUCCUGGUCUAGACAAACGCAGUGGUAACCUGGACAAAGUGCUGAAGACGGUGUUGGCCGUGGUGCUGGCGUUCUUCCUCUGCUGGGGCCCUUUUCACGUCUUGACCUUCCUGGAGGUUCUGAUGAGUAUGGAGGCGCUGCAGGUGUGCUGGGUGGAGGAGGCCGUCAGCUUGGGACUUCCCUUCACCCUCUGCCUGGGCUUCUCCAACAGCGCCAUCAACCCGUUCCUCUACUGCUUCGUCGGCAACCACUUCCGCGGGCAGCUUAGCAGCAUAUACCAGAGCCACAGCUCCAGCCUGAGACCAGACUCCCUCAGCACCAGACUCAGCUCCUUCUCCAGGAAACUGAAUGAGAUGCGGGACCUGGGCCCGCUGGAUCACGGGGCGGCAUGAGACGUGAGCGGCUCCUUCACUGACAAGAGCGAGAAAACGUUACGUUCCCGUGAAGCGAAGAUUAAAAAGCAUGGCAUAAAGACGACUGCGAGAGUUCUGUGGGCGGCAGAUGGACAACUGAGAAUUGUUUUUCUUCUUAACUGCGUCAGUGUUAGACUGCUAAAAUUACAUAGGCAAAUAUUGUAUGAUGUAACCGUUUCUGAUCAGUAGCUAACGUAGUCUGAUGUCUUUUGCUGAUAAAGCC